AUGGCUUUGAUUGAAUUAAAACAAUAUGAAAGUGCAAUAUUUCCUAAUCUUGAUGUUUCGCAAAAGGCCAUUGUUGAUAUACUUGAAGCUUUUCGACAUUUAAAAGAAUCACAUGUCAAAAUUUCUAACAGGAAUGAUGAUGAUGUCAAUAAGUUAAAUAGUAAGUUUAAUGAUUUAGUUGCUAGGAUAGCCAAAGGGUCUUUAAAAAAGUCAAUGGAUUUGAAGGAUUUCACAGAAUACUUUAAGACGCUUACAGAAGAUAAUGUUGCCUCCAACGAUUUGUUGCAAACGUUAUUAGUACUAAAGGAUAUGACAAAACAGAGAAUUAGUCAAUCGCUAAAAGAUAAUAUUAAACCCUCUAUUUCUGCUUCAAAUGUAAGGCAACCUUUUACCCAAUCCUACCUAUCCGGUGUUAAUUUAACUUGUUUGAAUCUUGUUAUUAUUUCUGGAUAUAGUAUUUAUGAUCUAAUUUUAACACAUUUAGAGACAUUGAUACAAUUUUGGAAACAACAAUAUGAUAUUUUUGAGUCGCAUAUCAAUGCAUUGCGAUCGAUGGAUGGAAAUGUUAAUCUUAGGUUAUCAAAACAUUUAACAGCUGGAAUCAUUGAGAGGUUUACAGAUAAAGAGAUCAAUUGCAAAGGAUUUCAUCAGAUGUUAAAUGAUGGUGUGUUUUUAAAAAUUCUUUAA